GGCCCUAGCACACCGCGCCCCGAAUCGUACCUGCAGAGAAUAACCGACAAGCAGCAGCAGUACGAUAAGCACUUGUCCACUAUUGCGCCAUAUAUCUCCACCGCCUUCGGGCAGUGGUACGCGCAGAAUGCCACGCCACCGUUACACGAGUUUCUUGUGCACCACUUCGGUCGGCAGCCGUCCAAGAUUGAAAUGGAUCAGAUCCACCAGCUGCUGCGUAUGCGCUCUCAGUUGUCGAAGGACCAGCAGGAGCUGAAAUCCAUGCACGCCCAAGCCCUGCGUAGCGAGAUUGCACCUCCACCUGACGCUCCAUCCGGCCCUCGUGCGACGCGCGAGCGCGAAGAAGUCCGUUUCGGCGCCCCACCCGCUGGACCAGCGCCGCCGUUGGGUAUCCCACCUUUCCCUUUGCCGCCGUCGGCUCCUCGGCAACCUCCGAAGCCUCGACCGAAGCCUGUGGUCGCACCUAAGCAGCCAAGGCGAAGGGCGGUCGCUGGCGAGAGAUAUGAGCGGCUGGCACAGGUUGGCGAAGGGACCUACGGCAAGGUGUACAAGGCGCGGAAUACAGGAAGCGGCGCGCUUGUCGCGCUGAAGCGGAUUAGAAUGGAGCAAGAACGCGAAGGGUUCCCCGUUACGUCUAUGCGAGAGAUCAAGCUGCUUCAAGCGUUAGACCACCCGAACAUUGUGCGACUGAUGGAGAUGAUGGUGUCCCACAACUCGGUUUACAUGGUGCUGGAAUACAUGAACCACGACCUCACUGGGAUUUUAUCUCAUCCCGAGGUCAAGCUCUCUCCCGCAAACAUCAAGAGUCUCAACUAUCAGAUGCUCUCCGGCUUGGGGUACUUGCACCGCCGUGGAAUCUUGCACCGGGACAUGAAGGGAUCCAAUAUCCUCCUGAACGGAGAGGGUGAGCUCAAGCUUGCCGACUUUGGCCUCGCGCGGUGGUAUCACAAACACAAGCGGGACGACUACACGAACCGCGUGAUUACGCUGUGGUACCGCUCACCCGAGCUGCUGAUGGGCGAGACGGCGUACGGACCCGAGGUGGACACGUGGAGUGCGGGGUGCAUCAUGCUCGAGAUCUUCACGGGCAAGCCGACGUUCCAGGGCCAGGACGAGAUCAGCCAGCUCGACGCGAUCUGGGCGAUUCUCGGCACGCCGCUCGAGGCCGACUGGCCGGCCGUGACUGAUUUACCGUGGUAUGAGCUUGUGCGACCACGCGAGGCGAUUACGUCGAGAUUUGCGGAGAAGUUCUCCCUUUCCGCAGGGGCGAUGGAGGUUGUAAAGGGUCUCCUUGAGCUCAAUCCUGCGAAGCGGUUGCUCGCUGACGACGCGCUAGACAAGGCCUAUUUCGUCAGCGAGGCGCCGCAGAUGGAGCAGCCGACUCAGUGA